AUGGUUGCUAAUAAAGAGAAACCGGCAAUCGUUCUCGUCCAUGGCUCUUACCAUACACCAGCGCCGUACGAGCCUUUCAUGCACGCCCUCGGCUCUCUGGGCUUUGAGACUCAUUGUCCUCAGCGGCCUACAUGCGAUCUUAACAAACUGAAUGUUGGCGAUGUGAAUGCCCCCGACUUUGACAGAGGCCCUCCACCAGAGGGAUUUCCCAGCGACAAUGAUGACUUGGCUACAGUUCGUGAGGUUCUGGACCAGCUCAUUAUCCAGCAGAAAAAGAAAGUUCUCUUGAUAGCACAUUCCGCUGGUGGUUGGGCUGCAACACAGGCUGCAGUCCCAGAACUCCUGUACAAGACUCGCGAUGCAGAAGGCCACAAUGGUGGAUUAAUUGGAAUCUUCUAUUACUCGGCAUUUGUGAUUCCUCUUAAUUGGGCCGUCAGCGAUCAUUUCCAAUCAAAGAACGAAACCUUUGAAAUGCCUCCAUGGCUACGAUUCUGGAAACACGGUUUAUCUGGGGUCGGUACGAUUGUCGAUGCACCAAAGUUGAUGUUCAACGGCCUUGAUGCAGCCGAGGCUGAAAUGUGGACAAAAACCUUGACAGCUACGCCAAUCCAAACCGGCAUUCUCACGAAUAAUGCGUAUGCAACAUUGCCCUGUGCUUACGUAGUGCUUGACGAGGAUUACGUGUUACCUAAAGAAUACCAGGAAGCGAUGAUCGCGGAGCAGCAUCGGCUUGGGAAUGUUUUCACAGUCUACCACGCGCCGACUGGCCACUCGGCUCAUCUUUCCUGGAAGGAGCCAUUAGCAGAGAAGGUGGCCGAGUUCGUGGACAAAAUCAACACUGAGUCCUUAUAA